AAAAAAAAAUACAGUGUCCAUAUUUCAGCUUCUAAAACCCCAAAUUCCCCUAAUUUCACCCAAUCUCCUUCCCAUUCCCGGCCGCUGCUGCUGCGCGACCACCGACGACCACUCCGGUCUCCGGCCACCGCGUCUCUGCUCCCCCAAGCUCUCAGUGCUGGUGGGUGUUCCUAUGUUUUGCAAUGGCAACUGGCAUUGGCACUCAACUUGACUACACUACAUUGGGAUUGGAUGAUUAGCUAUUUAGAUUAAAUUCUACUCUUUACACUUUAUUUUUCAUGUCAAUUAAAAUAUGAAGUCUUGAAUUUGUCAAUGAGAGUAUGAGACUUAAUAUCUAUCUAGUUUCUAAUAUCUAUUGAACCUUUGUUAUGAUAUUUGCUAUUAUAUCUAUGAUAUUGAGCCUAUAUUUGAUGAUAUAAGUUGUUAUUAGUUAGCAGAAUUUUUAUUUGUUGUAUUGGAUAAUUGCAUUAUGCAGGUUUUUUAAUGUGUGUAUGUAUAAUUGUAUAUAUAUUAUAGAUAUAUAUAUUUAUAAUUUUUUUUUAAGACCGCCAUGGCAUCCGCCAUAAUUAUAUGGCGGUAUUUUGGCUUUCCGCCAUGGACCGCUAUAGCAUUUAUGAGGUUGUCCCCUGUGCACCGCUUGUCAAGAUUGGCAAUACUGCCUGCUACUGCAUGUUCAAGUUUAAGAGUUGAAAACACUGCUACUGCUAUCCCAUGUUGCAAAAAUAACAAUAUAUUUGCUGAUUUCUUCAGUUAUGUUGACAGGGAAUGGAGCCAAUAGAUUCUUCUUUUCCAGACACGGCAGAAUGCGAUCUUUCAGUACUAAUUCCAAGGGGAGGUCCCAUUUAUGUUUCCAAUAUGGUUGGCCCCUCGACUACGGUUCCUCGUUUUGAGGGUUCUUUUCUCUCUGAACUUCAGAAUCUGGAGGCCGAAUUAUGUGAAGAUUCAUCUCAACUCUCUCAUCAUGAUAUCUCUGUUGACGACCUUAAAGUAUUUUCAGAGAAUGAGUUAAUGGAUAUGGCUUUGAAAGAAGUAUUUGAGGGUAGGGAGAACAACGAAAAUCAUCCACCACUUUUGAAUCAGCCCAAUACAGGCAGGUGUCAUGUGAAGAACUCCAGGAAAAAGAAAAGGGGAACAAAUAACUCCAUUCUUGACAGUGAUUGUAUGGACAAGGUGGAGCAAAUUGUGACAAUCAAACAAAAGCAGGAAGAAGACAUGGCGGCAGCUAGACUUCAUUCAUUUAAUCCUGUUUGUAGGACCAAUGAAUCUGCGUGCAAAUCAUUAGGUACUGAAAGGAUGAUGGCUCUAAGGUCUAUAAGUUCUUCCAGAAAGCAGGUCAACUCUGGGGGCCUUCAGGAACACACACCUGUGCAAUACCCAGAAGUUGUUCUAUCUGUGGAGAUUUACCAUAAUGUUCGAAAGGGUCUCAAGACCCAAGAGUUGUUAGUUCUUGGAAGGCAGACCUUAACUGCUUCGAGGGACAAGAUCUUUUGCUCAAUGGACCAGGUGAUGCAAAAAGCAGGGCAGCAUGAUCCUUCUGGUUUUUUUCUCAUCGAGGAUGUAUUUUACACUGAUUUGAGGGAUCCAUCUGCUAUUGAUUUAACUAGACCUAUACUAGAUUGGGUCCAAAACUCCAAGGAGGAGGCGCAAAAGAAAUGGGAAUAUAUUAUAACUGGGGAACUAAAGCAGAAACAAAAAGCAAUCAUGGGCACAGUAUCUGCACCACGCAUGCCUCAUUUCAGUUCCAUUGAGAUGCACAAGAUACGUUUUUGUGACUUAAGCUUUCGACUUGGUGCUGGAUACCUGUAUUGUCAUCAGGGUGAAUGCAGCCAUACCUUAGUGGUACGAGAUAUGAGGUUAAUGCAUCCUGAUGAUGUGAACAAUCGGGCUGUUUAUCCAAGAGUCACUUUUCAACUAAAAAUGCGUUUUCAGAAAUGUAGGGUUUGCAAGAUAUUCAGAGCUACAAAGGUCACAGUUGAUGACAGAUGGACAUCAGAAAACCCUUGUUACUUUUGUGAUGACUGUUUUGCCCUACUUCACCUAGCAGAGGAUGGCUCUCCAUUGUAUACUGAGUACUUAGAGUAUAAUUAUCACCAUGAUUAAUUGUUGCUAGUUUUGGAACUAUUAAUCUAAAUGUCUAUAAUCUCUUCCCAA